AUGGAAAAAUAUGACAGAUCUGGCAAUGAAGAUGAAGCUCUUUCAGCGAGUGACAGUGAAUUUAUGUGUCGAAACGAUAACGAUUCACUUUCGAAUAACUUUGUGACUUCUGUAUCUGCCCGUGGGAUGCAUACGUCAAAAGUAGUAUUUCUUACUGUGAACGACGUUUACGAGAUGCUUCCGGAUAGUAAUGGGAACGGUGGGUUAGCAGAACUUGCCACUAUGAUCAAAACUACAAAAGAUACGUAUCCAAGUAAUUCAUCUAUAAUUGUCACGCUAAACGGGGAUUUUUUGUGGCGCUCGGAGCUGGAUCGCAAGGACAAAGGGGCUCUGAUGGUAGAAUUAUUGAAUCAAAUUGGCAUCGAUUACAUCGUGGUGGGUAAUCACGAAUUUGAUUUUGGAGCGGAGUUUUUGCGCGACUUGAUUGCUGGCGCCAAGUUCUCCUGUUUCGGGUCAAACGUCCGUUCUACCAGAGAUAACAAGCUGACUGUAGGCCUUGUAGAUACGUUAAUUAUUCCGCUGCGUAAUGGAUUUCGACUUGGAAUGUUUGGGGUAGUGACAACAGUCACUGGCAACGAUCCUUUUGCUGGGACUAAUGUCGUAUUUGAAGAUGAAAUCUUGCAUGCGCGUCGAUGUGUUGAGUCGCUUAAGAGCCAAGGAGCUGAUGCUAUUGUAGCUCUCACACACCUUAAAGCAUCGCACGAUGUGCAGCUCGCAACUCAGGUGCCCGGUAUUAAUCUCAUUCUAGGUGGCCAUGAUCACUUUCCAAUGACGUGUUCGGCUGGCGUUGGCACACUUAUCCACAAGUCGGGUAUGGAUGCCGUGUGGCUUGGCGCAAUUGAAUUGACUUUGACGAGACAAAAUACAUUAUUCGAUGGUGAUGAUCAAGUCACAAAUACUCGAGUGGAUUUUCAAUGGAAAAUGUCUUUAAACCGUGGGUAUCACGCCGAUCCACAUUGCUCAGCAAUAAUUUUGAAAUACCUGAACGAUGUUGAGCACGAAGAGCAGGCACAAGGAAAACUUGAUGUGCUCGGAAUAUCUCGAACGGCUUUAGAUGGACGACGUGUCACGUGUCGCACACAAGAAAGCAAUCUGGGUAAUCUCGUGGCUGAUGCAUUGCGCGAAGGACUUGGUGCUGAUAUUGGACUUUUAAAUGCCGGAUAUAUUAAAGGAGACAUGUUGAAUGUUCCUGGGCUUGCAAUCACUCGAAAGUGGCUUGAAAAAUGUUUACCACUUGUAAAGCCUACUGUAGUCGUCAAGCUAUCCUUGUGUAAGCUAAAAGAAGCGCUUACUUACUGGUUGCGUCGAUAUCCUGCAAUGAGCUCAUCUCAUCCGCACUUUUCCGGUCUUCGUGUGACCUAUGACCUCACUAGAGCGGAAAGACCAAACAUUACAUCGAUUCGGUUGUGUAAGGAGAGAUACGAAGAAUCUGCAGACGCGAAUGGCGAAUUUGCUUGGACGGGUGGCAAUUCUUUGCUACUGCUCCUCAAUUGCGAUCGGGGCCGAUUGUGCGAGAUCUCGUGGAAAUGUUUGUCAGGCGGCGAUCUCAAGUUCACUAUCUUGCAAAAGAGGACCGUCUUUAUGUCAUUAAAUCAGUCUUGA